GCGAUCUCACAGCAUCCCACGAACCAAGCGGCUGCACCAGGCGGUGUGCUACUAGAACAAAAGCUCUGAGCUCUGUAUUCUGUCGUCGAUCAGCGGCAGAGCGAGCAGACACGUGCUCUGAGCCGCUGCGGUUAUGAAACGCGUGAGCUGUAGAGUUCUACUGCAGCCAGCAGCCAAUCAGAGCCGCGCGUCGCGUCACGUGCUCCGCGCGCGCUCUGCUGCACAGUCACACAGCGGCAGAUAGAAAACAAUGCAAGCGAGCCCGGCGAGAAACUAGUGAAGAAUGGACGAAUUAAGCGCAUCAGGCGCUCUUCUGAGAGGAGGACGCUUUUAAGGCGAGAUAUAAACUAGCAGUGUGCUGAGCCCAAAGGAAGGGAUUCUCACCAGUGGAAAAACAGCUAAUGUGGAUCACGUAUUCUUUGGUUUUUGGACCGUAGGAUUGUUAACUUGAUGUCCUGACCAUGCGUUCACAACAAAGUUUCAUGUCAUUUAUGAACAGCAAGGCCAAUGCUAUACCUAGGAAAGACAUUGAACGCCUGUGCUGUGCAAAAUGCCGUUUUUCCACCAAGGACACUGACCUGUUCGAGAGGCACGUGUCCCAUCAUAAGGAGGUGACUUUAUCCUGUGCGCUCUGCAGCUAUGUUUCCUAUUCGAAAACGGAGUCUCAGAAACACAUCGUCUCGCACACCGGCUCGUACCCGUACAGGUGUAGCUUCUGCUCGUACGGAGCCGUGCGGAGAGAUUACAUGGUGAAGCAUAUUCUUCGUAUACACAAGAGAAAUGCGGAAGAAGGCUUCAUAACUGACUUCGCUGUAUCCACCCUAGAUACAGCAGGUCCAUCUGUUCCUGAUGCUCUCGGGAUUUCAGAUUGGCCUGAAAGGAAUGACCAGUGUGCAAUUCCCAAUUCCCAUGAUGAACACCCCAGUGGAAGUCAACCCGACCAAUCAUCUGUUAUUAGUAAAACAGUGAACCAAACCAGGAGUAAUCGUGCCCGGAUGACCUACAGUUUCACGACGCCGUGUAUGACCAAUACAACAACCGUCGUUCCAGUUUCUAAGACUCAGUUCAAUGGUGCCAUUCCUAGCUGCGCUCCAAUCGUGAGUCACUCGUUAGGCAACACGCCGCAAGUCGUUCUAAGAUCACGGGAGGCAAACGGCAACCUAUCGAACUCUCAACUCGGUGCCGAUGGGAAAAUCAAGGUUUCCAUUUCGGAAAAGCUUAUUCCGAAAGCCACGUUCCCAAGAGUCCAUGUUAGCUCUACAGAACCACUACAGCAAAGGGUUGGUGUUUCGGAAAAGGCUAUGGCUGCAAAAACCAUUCCCAGAGUCCAGGUCCGAGCACCUGUUGAAUUGAACACCCCGCUCAGAGCGCUGCUUAAUACGCCCUUAUCCAAGAGGAAUAUCCAGAUGGAUCAGAGGUCUAGUCAGUCCACAACAGGGACUAACGUUGGGAUGCAGAAACCAGUUGUACUUCCCAGCAGUCCAGUCAAAAGUCCACUGCACUCCAGUGCAGAAAAGAGCAACCAAUCAAGAAUGAACUCCAGAGUACCUGUAAGAUCAUCAGCAGAAACAUCGAGCCCGUUAUCCAGUGUCCAAGUCGAACUGUUGGCUCCUUUGAACCAGCCAAUUCAACACAACAAGCCUUUGACUGUGUCCUGUCCAGAGGAGAUCAAUAUUCCUGCCGGGUGUUUGGUGGAACUGGUCGAGGUGAAAAACGUCAACGGGACUCGGGAGUUGGAGCUACGGUUGAUCCCACCCAAUGGGAUCCCGCAAGACCAGAAGAGCAACGUGGAUGAACCUUCAUCAGCCGCAACUGGAGGCAAACUGUCCUUCAAAUGCCAAGUUGCCAAAGGGUGUCCAGUCAGCCCGUCCACGUCUGCAACAUCUCACAAAGUCAAACAGCAGCGGCCUUCAACGUGCACCGGUGUUCAGACUAUCACAAAAACUGUUCAAUCAGCACACAAACCACAGUGUUCUUCAGAGACACCAGCCAGGUACAAGCGCAACCCGAAGACCAAGGAUCAAGAGAUCAUCAGGCUCGAGGGUCCAGAAUUGAGUUCUGAAAGCCUUCCAGUGAUCUCAUCAGUUUUCUCUCUUUGUCCUACGCCUAAGUCAACUCAAAGCAUCUCAAAGUCCUUACCAGAAAUGCAACGCUGGAAGGUGGCAAUGAAAGAGCCGAAGGACGAGGUGAAGGGUGCAGAGAAACCGUUGGUCUGUAGUAUUCUGAUUAAAAAAGAGGAUACUGAGGAGAAACCAAAAGGUGCUUCGUGGAGUCUCAAGGAAACAAAGACAGAGGAUAAGACUAGUAAAGGCUCUGCAAUAUCUAAGACUCAUGGUCAAGUGAAAAGAUCAGAGAAAACCCUAAACACAAGCCACUCAAAACAAGCUCCAAAUUUGACUCAACCAUUGGUUUUGCCAAACCAGAGCGUCAUUCCAUCAAACAAAGAUGACAUUCCACAUCAAGACAAGGGACAUUCUGAACAUGAGUCUGGCCAAAAAAAACAUUCCUGUGUUUUCAACAUGUAUCCAAAAGUAGCUUUGUUCAGGAUUCCCAGUUCUAUGUUGGAACCCACCAAGAAGCUUCCGGAAGCGCCAACUCGAGAGGAGAGUUUGACGGCGCGACCGGUUCUCUGCUGCACGCUAAGCGAGCAGAACGUGUCCGGAAGUCCUGAAGUGGCCAUCAAGCUGAUACUAAAGAGAAACCUUUGUGAAAGAGAAGAGAAGCACCAAGACUCUCCACCACGUAAAAAACACAAGAAAGAAAAGAGAAAAGCCAAGAAACGCAGGUCAUCGUCGGUUGGAAUGGGCCUUCCUCGAUUCUCAACCGAAGAUCAAAAACUGAGGUUAACUCCUCUGAAAGCGGAUCAGCGCAUCAAGCUUCCCGGUCCGAACCAGCCGGUUGUGGUUCUGAACCACCCCAAUCCUUCAGUUCAGAGCACGCACAGUCCACAUGUUUGUUUUCUGAGUGUGAUUUCUGUACGUUCUUGUGUCUCUGAACUGUUAACAAAUGUGAUGAUGCUGGAGUGA